AUGGAUUCCAACGACAACAGCAAUGAGGGCGUACCGGCAACGUUUCUGGAAAUAACGAGCUUUAAGCGAGAACCGAACGAAGACUCAUGCAGCGAAGCGGAUAACACUAAUAAGGCAAUAUAUUUAACCCGACAAAAAAUACAUGGCCUAUCUGAAAAUAAUUUAAACGAAAAUUCGAUGAGUGGCGUAAAACGUAAAAGUUCUGAGGAAAAUUCUUUAAAUAUGCAGGAAGACGAUAGGAUGAGUGACGUUACCAAUGCUCCCAGCGUUGUUGUGAAGAGGCGGAGGCAUUCCGACUCGCAGUGCGAGUCAGUAGAGAAUCCCAAUGAUAUUCCUGAUACAAAUAACUUGCAGUGUAAAGAAGAAACAGCAACAUGUACUCUGCUUGUGACAAACUCACCCGGAGAAUGGACAUCUCAGCAAAUCGUCAAUUAUAUAAGAGAAGAGUGUGGAAUUAACAUAUCUAAAAUUAAGGAUAGCCGAGACGGAAACAUUAAGUCAGAUUUCCAAAUAAAACUUAAAUUCUCUAAUAAGGCUCAACUGAAUAGAGUUCACGAGAAGUUAAAACAGAAAGAGGCCGAGGGGAAGCUCAAAGUACAUACAGAUGAUGACACCCGCCAAGAGAGCAACAAUGACGAAUCUGAGGUUAUGGCACAAAUAGAGGAUAGGGAACCGGUUAAUACAAAUGCAUCAUCGACAGACAAUGAGUUCGAUGAUUUUGACGAAAAUGCGUUUUACAUAAAAGAGGAUUACCUAAAUUCUCUAGGAAUUAAAACGCCUAUUACGAAUUGGGUAACCGUUACCAAUUUUAGGUGCGAUAAAUCGGAAUUGAAGGAGGUUUUGGAACUUGCCGGUAAAGUCCUUGUAUGUUCCGUGAUUGCGAUAAGCAAUAAGUAUGCUAAUAUCAUGUACAGCCAUCCGCUCGAAGCAGUUCAGGCGAUAUCGAUGCUAAACGGUCAGAAAUUUUACGGCCAAACCCUCAAAUUAACAAUGAAUAAUUCAAAAGAUACGAAUUUGCUUUUGCCGAAAGGAUUAGCUGAUGUCGGACCAGGGCUCGGGAGGUACGGCAAAGGGUUGCCGGAUUUAGUCGAACAGUAUAAACGUUUCGUUAAGGGACGGAAAUCGUUAAUUGACGUAAAUUUGUUCCAACCGGAACUUUUGCGGAAAAUCGGAAUAGAUCCCGAGCGAGACUGUCCAACACCGAUUGUACGUUCCGUCAUUAGUAAUAGUUCUAGCAAUCAUAAUGAUAAUGCAUCCGAACAGGGAAGUGACGUAUCCCAAACUGAUUCUAACUCGACAAGGAAUAACGAAAAUCAUUUCGGUGUUAUUGGACAGAGGAUAGCUAAUUGUUUAAUUCAUACGGCGAAUGCACCAAAUACGCUAAGUACAACACAAUUCCACAACAAUAGAGUACCUAACUUUACACCACUGAACCAAUCAGUUACAGUUCGAUCGAAUGGCCCAGUACUUAGUAUUAGAGGUCAAAACAGUACGAUGCCUAUUUCUAGUUCGGUUCAAACACCGAGGCAUCUUCCACCUCCACCCAAUGCCAUGCCAUCUUACUGCCCACCAAUACCUGGCGUCGAUACCACUAACACAAUCAGAGGAUCUUAUAAUAUCAGCGUGAUGGGCGCUACGCCUAGACCCGCAAUUCCUGGCUCGAUAAUGACAAGAGGUCCUUUGCCUAGUCCUUUGUCCAGUCCAAUGAACCCUGUAAGACGACUUGGACCAAUACCAAUGGCUCAUAUGUCUAAUCAAACGAAUCGUUUUCCGGGCCCAGGUCCCAGUAAUGUAGGACCAAACUUUGGCCCAAGAGCACCAGUUCCUGUCCAAAAUCCAAUACAAGUUUCUAAUCCAGGUAUCCAACCAAGGCAGUAUAUGUCAUCUAAUGUACAUAUGUAUAAAGGCGCCGAUCCCGUUACAAUCCAAAUAAGUAAUUUGCCGCCAUCAACGAAUUUCGUCAACCUCGGUCAAAAGUUAUCAGAAUUCGGUCACGUUGUAUUCCUAGAGUUUACGACUCCAGGUUGUGCUGUCGUACGUUUCGGGAAUCCCACUGAAGCUGACAGGUGUAUACAGGGCUACCGAAAUGUUAUGGGAUGAAAAUCAAUGUUCUUCAAUAGCUGUCU